CAAUGUUCCAGGAGAAGGAAAAAGAAACAAUGGAGCAGGAGUGGAAUUUGAUGCAACGAGGGAAAGUUUCCCAAGUGAAAGGAGUUGUUCUGCUGAAGGGAGCCUGUGAUUACUGGAAUGAAAUCUGGGACUUCCAAGCCAAACCUGAUGAUAUACUCAUUUCUUCCUAUCCUAAAUCAGGAACAACAUGGCUACAAGAGAUUGUAGAUAUGAUACAGAACAACGGAGAUGCAGAAAAAACAAGACGAGCUCCAACUGAAAUACGAAAUCCUUUCCUUGAAAAGAUAAGAUUACCUUAUAGUGGACUGGACCAGGCUAAUAAAAUGCCUUCACCAAGAGUCAUAAAAACCCAUCUUCCUGUGCAACUACUGCCUCCAUCCUUUUGGGAAAAAAACUGUAAGAUGAUCUAUGUGGCAAGAAAUGCCAAGGAUACCAUGGUGUCCUUUUUCCAUUUCCAUAGGAUGGAUAAGAUAUUUCCAGAUGCAGGAAGCUGGGAAGAGUAUUUUGAAACAUUCUUGGAAGGCAAGGGAGUGUGGGGAUCCUGGUAUGACCAUGUAAAAGGAUGGUGGAAAGCAAAAGACACAAACCCCAUUCUCUACCUCUUCUAUGAAGACAUUAAGAAAAACCCCAAAUGUGAAAUUGGGAAGGUGAUGAAAUUCCUGGGGAAAAACCUGGAUGAAAAGGUUUUAGAUAAAAUUAUCUAUUAUACUUCAUUUAAUGUAAUGAAGAAGAAUCCCAUGUCAAACUAUACAUACGAUUCUUCAAUGAAUCAUUCUAUCUCCCCAUUCAUGAGGAAAGGUGUGGUUGGAGACUGGAAAAAUCAUUUCACUGUAGCUCAGAAUGAGAGAUUUAAUGAAGAUUAUAAGGAAAAGAUGGCUGAUACUACACUCUCUUUCUCCAUGGAAUACUAAGAAGGAAAAUUUGGGAUUGAGACAAAAUGAUGAAGAAUUUUGUACUCACCCAAAGGUUUAAAGUUGAAGAAAUUGCUACUAACUACACAUUAUUCUCAUAACAAUGACUUAAAAUAAGUAAAAAUUUUAGGCUAACUUGCCCUUUUUAGAUUGGUCUUCACUGGCUCCAAUUAUCCCAGGAACUAUCCUAUUUUUUCAUGUCCC